AAACUAUUAAUCAUAUCUUUAGAGACUGUUUUUUUGCAAAACUGUUGUGGAAAUGGAGCACUUCUUUUUCCUACAUCAUUUGGUCCCUCUGGUACUUCCGGAACCAGCUGGUUCAUGAAAGGAAAAAAUUUUCUAUAGCUAUGGCUAGAGAUUUUAUUUUGAAAAAAAUUAAUGAGUACAACCAAUUUCAUCCAACUUCUUCUAUCACUAAAUCUCUAUCUGUUUUUCUUGUUAGCUGGAACCCGCCCCCAGCUGGUUUCAUUAAGCUGAAUACUGAUGGUUCAGCUAAUGCAAACCCAGGGGAGGCGGGUGCUGGAGGAGUUUUUAGGGAUGAGCUUGGUAACUGGUUGCUGGGAUUCUACCGGAAUGUAGGAUUCACGUCCAGCCUUUCGGCCGAACUAUGGGCUUUAAGAGAUGGUCUUAAACUUGCUGUAAAUAGGGGAUUUUCCCACUUACUUGUUGAAACUGAUUCUAAGGUUGCGAAAACUCUUCUGGAUUCUGCUAAUUCUGCUGCUCACUCACUGGGUGUUUUAAUUGAUGAUUGUAGGGCUAUGAUGACACAAAUCCCCAACCUACAUCUUAAUCAUGUUCUCAGAGAAGCCAAUACGGUGGCUGACGGUUUGGCUAAGAAAGGUGCAAAGUCGGAAUCUCCGUUUGUUGUGCUUGAUCAAUGUCCUCCCGAUCUUUGUAAUGUUUUGUUUUCGGAUAUUAUUGGGAACAAGGUUCCCAGGACUACUGUAGCACUCUAAAUAUCUAUGCUAUAUCUCUUUCUACCAAAAAACAAAAAAAGAUUUGUGUAUUUUGUAUUUCUUUGUAUACUUCAAAGAGAACACAACAGAAGAAAUUAUUACCUGCAGA